AUGAACCCUCUUCUGAUCCUGGCUUUUGUUGGAGCAGCUGUUGCUUUCUCCUUUGAUGAUGAUGAUAAGAUCAUUGGGGGCUACACCUGUGAAGCGAACAGCCUCCCCUACCAAGUGUCCCUGAAUUUUUUUGGACAACAUAUCUGUGGUGGCUCCCUCAUCAGUGACCAAUGGGUGGUGUCAGCUGCUCAUUGCAACAUAUUCUUACUUCAGGUGAGACUGGGAGAGCAUAACAUAGAAGUCUCUGAGGGACAUGAGCAGUUUAUCUAUGCAAGCAAGACUAUCCGCCACCCAAACUACAACAGUAAAAAUGCGGAUAAUGACAUCAUGCUGAUCAAGCUGAAAACCCCAGCUGUCAUCAACAGUUAUGUGGCUCCCAUUUUGCUGCCCAAGUCCUGCCCAACUGCAGGCAUUGAAUGUCUUGUCUCUGGUUGGGGCAACACAGCUAUCGAUGGUGCUGACUACCCAGAUCUUCUGCAGUGUUUGAAUGUUCCCAUUCUGUCUGAUGCCCAAUGUAAGUCCUCCUAUCCUGGUCUGAUCACUGAAAACAUGGUCUGUGCCGGCUUCCUAGAGGGUGGCAAGGAUUCCUGCCAGGGUGAUUCUGGUGGCCCAGUGGUGUGUAAUGGAGAGCUCCAGGGUAUUGUCUCCUGGGGCGAUGGCUGUGCCCAAAAGGACAAACCUGGUGUCUACACCAAAGUCUGCAAGUACCUGGACUGGAUUAAGGAAACUAUCGCUUCCAACAGUUAA